UUAAGCGCACAAUGUGGCCAACGAACGCAAGCGUACCAGGCAGGCUUCCGUCCUCAUUCUCCAGCCGGGGAUCGCACUCUGGCUUCCCAGCUUUGACACAGCGUCACUUGUGAAACAACAGAAGGAAAAAAAGACGCACUCGGGCCAAACCCCAUCCGCACCAGCAGGAGAAGAUGUCCGAGCCCAAUAAGUACCGAGAGUGGAUCCUAGAAACAAUCGACUCUCUCCGGUCGAGAAAAGCCCGUCCUGAUCUGGAGAGGAUUUGUCGAAUGGUCCGGAGACGACACGGGUCAGACCCGGACCGAACCAGGACAGAACUGGAAAAACUGAUUCAAGCGCAGACGGUGCUUAAAGUUAGCUACAAGGGAUCCAUAUCGUACCGAAACGCAGCGAAGGUGCAGAGGAAAAGCAGAAAGAAGAGUGAGUUUACGGCCGCUGGCACCAGCGGCGGCGGCGGCGGCGGAGGUGCGGAGGCAGCGAGGGAGCGGACCAAACACGACCAUCUGAACAACAACGGCGACAGUGCGCACAGCUUCACCGACCAGGAGGAGGGAGAGGGGGACUCGGAGCCCAGCCCAGGUCCUCACACUCCAACAUCAGCCAGCACCAACGGCAAGAAGCUGAAGCCUGCCUCCAGCCAGAGUAGCGGAAACGGGUGCCUCAGUUGUGGCGCAACAACGGGCUGCGCUGUCGGGAGCGGUUGUAAAGAGGAGAAAGCAAGUGCAUCGAGAGACAAGGGAUUAGGACAGCAGCCAGGCGGGGACUGUCCGGCUCCCCGUUUCGGCCACUGGACAAAUGUACACAACGGCGCUGAUGCCGCAAAGAUAACACCGAGUAAAGUGGAUGUGUUCUGCGGGGGGAAGGAGCCCGGCUUGUCCGGAGCUGACACCCAGAACAAAACUUGCCCCGGGAGCGUCAGCAGCCUCCCCCCUCACAAACACAAGCAGACUGUGCCCCUCAAAGCCAAACUUCGCGCCGGAGCCGGUGGCACCAAAACAUCGGGAACCCACGCCAACUCGGACUUGGGCGACAGACUGGUGGCUUCUGUUCGCAGUCUGUCCGAGAGGAACCUCCGGGGGGGCUCCGCCGCCGCCGCCGCCAGAGGCCACAUGAAGCCGCUCGGACUCAAAGAGAUUCUGGGUUAUCUGAGCAGUCAGGAGCGGCUUUCGGAGGAGAAACUGACCCGAGGCAAAGUCAAAGUGGUCAUGGAGAGAGAGGUGGCGAGAGGCAGGCUGCGCAGGACCCGCUGCGGGAACAUUACUCUUCCACUGAGGGGGAUGGUGGUGGAGGAGCCGAUGCCCGUGAAGAAUGCGUCCGCUGACAGACUUGAAAAGAGCGCACUGCAGGACAAGCACACAGGGAAAAAGCCGCUGUCCCCAUCCCAACAGGAGGAUGAGCCAAUGCAAACAGCCAGCGAGGAAGAGGAGGAGGAGGAAGAGGAGGAGGAACGAGAGGAGAAUGAGGAAAAGGAGGAAGAGGAGGAGGAGGAGGUUCCCUUGAGUUCUGAUGAGGAGGGAGGAAUAUCCCCUGUAGCCAUGACAACCGAACCAGACCUCAUUGAGAAAACCACAGAAGAUGCUGAGAUCCAGGCAUCAUCAAAGCAGGAGAGCCCCCAUCAGCAGCAGCAUGGUGGCAAAGGGAUGUCCGAGCUUGAUUCCCUCACCAGAAUGUCAUGUCCACCUGCUCAGGGAACUUCCCUGACACAGUGUAACAGCUCCCACCCGGAGGACAAAGACGCCGUCCUUGAUCAGUUGUACAUGGAUGCACAGAUGCAGCAUGAUGGAUCCAACCACACCUCAUCAGGUUUUAACAGUCUGGAGUGUAAGACGGAGGUUGGCGUGUCAUCCUGUCUGCUCACCCCCACCGCCUCCCCGAGAGACUCCAGCCUGUCCGACGAACGAGGGGUAAACGGAGGAGUUAGCAGUGGAGGGUGUCUGAAGACUGAGGAGUUCAGCAGGAGCCCAGUGGACUGGACAGUCUCUGACGUGGUCAGUUAUUUCACAGCAGCAGGUUUCCCAGAGCAGGCUGCUGCCUUCAGGACCCAGGAAAUCGAUGGAAAGUCUCUUCUCCUCAUGCAGCGUAAUGAUGUUUUGACUGGCCUGUCAAUCCGACUUGGUCCCGCCCUCAAGAUCUAUGAACGUCACGUAAAGGUUCUGCAGAAAACACACUUUGAGGAUGAUGACUGCUAACAACACAUACAUGAGACACACACAGACUGUUAUUUCUAUAUAGCUCAAAUACUCAUAUAUAACUGCAUGCAUAUUAUACAACACACUUUGCAUCUCAUGUCAAACACACACACACACACACACACACUUUGUCUGUUCCUGUCGACUCUCUGUGACUGAUAAGACUGAAUUCCCUGGACAACAUCUAAAGAGAGCACAAUUGUCGGAGGGUCAAAUUGAACUAAUGACACAAACAUUUUCUGAUGCAGACGUUCAAAACGUUCAUUCACAAAGAAGAUCAAGCACUUUGCAACUUCUCGAUUGAACUGUGCAACAUGUUUUCUUUCUAAACCGAUGCUGUUAACUAGUUCCUGCACAUUUUGAAAGAGGCUGUUUGGUUUUUUUUCUGUUUUAUUUGUUUUUUUCUAGUUCCUGUUUUGUUUGUCGAGGGGCCUCCCUCUCUUGUGAGACUCAUUUGUCCUUGUGCUGCAUACGUGUGCAGAGGCUUGACAGAGGAAAAUUGGACCACAUUGAAUACAUUCCACAGUCAGAGGGGCUGGUUGAGAUUCUACUAAACUGCUACUGAACCAUCAUAGUCUGAGCUGUCAUCUUUCAGAAAGCCGCCUUAUGUUGGAAUAAAAACAACCUUCAAAGCAAUAAGGUUAUAAUUCCUUGUGGAUAUCUGGUAGAUUAUUUCAUGGUUUUGUGUAGCCUGGUCUCUCAGAAUGUUUUUUAAUGUUUUUAAGUAGGAGUAUCUGUGAUCUAUUGCAUCAACAGGCUGCAGAAAUGUAAACACACCAGAUAACGCAACUAAAAUAAGCAGAACAAUCAACCAUCAUUUAAUAUGAACUAUAUAUCUACAUAUAUUAAACUGAAGCCCAUUCAAUGCAUCUGCUUCCAUUUAUAAAUUAUUACUGAAUUAUCUAUCUAACUGAGAGAUGUUAUCGCAGGGUAAAGCUGAGUCAAUCAAUCAACUAACCUCAUGCCACCAGCGUUUUUUAACUGUUUUUAACCGUUGAACCUUGAAAACAAAAUGCUGUCAGUCACACAGUUCAUUCUCCUAUCUUCUAGUGUCUUUAUUUCAUCCACUGUUUCAACUUCACUUUGGUUCAAUCAUUUGUGUUGUUAUGUUUGCACUGUAUUUGUUAUGUAUUUUGCAUUUUCUGCACAUGUUUAAAUUGCAUCUAAUAUUUCUUGGUGCAUUUAGGUCUCCUCUACCUCUUUCCCUUCAUUUUCUACAUGUUAUUUUUUUUCAAUCCCAAUUUAAUACAUUUUAACACCUGAGCACCUUUUCCUAGAUGCAGCAAAAGGUGUGUGUCUAUAUUGUUACUUUCCAGAUCACUUCAUCUUUGUUGUUUUUUGUUGAAUCUCCAGAGGACAGCUUUGUUUAAGUCAGAUUGUUACAAAGGGAAUGUACAGUACGUCUAAGCCCUUGUUGCUUGUCUCCUGUUGUUUGCUAAAGGACAACUUUAGUAAUAAAAGUGGAAACCAAAACAUGA